UCCUCCUCCUCCUCCUCCCUGUGUGCCUCUGGCUGCCUCCUGUCUGCACAUCUCCUUUCCUCUACACCCAGCAAGUGGAUUCCGACUUACAUCCCGGUGACGUGUCCCCAGACGGUGUCACUCAGCAGGAGCCGUCAGACCAGAGAGAGAAGAAGCCUUAAUUACAGGAGGAGCUGCGACAUAUAUCUGGGUCUGCUUGCAAUUAAAUGGCUGAUAAACAAAUCAGUUUGCCCGCCAAGCUUAUAAAUGGAGGAAUAGCCGGACUGAUUGGGGUAACCUGUGUCUUUCCCAUUGACUUGGCCAAAACGCGACUACAAAACCAGCAAAAUGGCCAGCGUAUGUACACCAGCAUGUCUGAUUGUCUCAUUAAAACUAUACGUUCAGAAGGGUACUUUGGCAUGUAUAGAGGUGCUGCGGUGAAUUUAACUCUUGUCACACCAGAGAAGGCCAUUAAACUAGCUGCUAAUGAUUUCUUCAGGCAGACCCUGUCUAAAGAUGGGAAGCUGACGUUAGUGAAGGAGAUGCUGGCUGGUUGUGGAGCAGGGACCUGUCAGGUCAUUGUCACCACCCCAAUGGAGAUGCUGAAAAUCCAGCUCCAGGAUGCAGGGAGACUGGCUGCUCAGAGGAAGCUCAUGGCAGCUCAGGAAGGGCCGUCCAGUGCUGCAGCACAAUCUGUCCCUCGGCGGCCCACAGCUAUGCAAAUCUCACGAGAGCUGCUGAAGAGCAAAGGGAUAGCUGGGCUAUACAAGGGCCUGGGGGCCACACUGCUAAGGGACGUGCCCUUCUCCAUUAUAUAUUUUCCUCUCUUUGCCAACUUGAACAAGCUGGGGCAGAAGACGCCAGAUGAGAAGUCACCGUUCUUUGUGUCCUUCCUGGCGGGAUGUGCAGCUGGAAGUACCGCUGCUGUGGCCGUCAACCCCUGUGAUGUAAUUAAAACAAGACUGCAAUCAUUACAACGAGGAGUCAAUGAGGAUACAUACUCAGGAAUUGUAGACUGUGCCAGAAAGAUCUGGAGGAGUGAGGGUCCUGCUGCCUUCUUGAAGGGUGCAUAUUGCCGAGCUCUCGUCAUUGCUCCACUCUUUGGCAUUGCUCAGGUGGUCUAUUUUAUCGGAAUUGGUGAAUUCCUCCUGGGAUAUUUACCCUCUCGACGUGAUUAACGUCGCUGCACCAAAACUCCUGCAUCUUGGCUUUUUAGGGGCCUUAGUGGUGUUUUGCUAUUGGCUGACUUUGCCAGUAUUGCCUCUGCCCCAUCCCAUCCAUUACAGGUAGAUAUGAAAGCCAUUUCCCCCCAGUGCAGUGGUAUGGUCCACAACUAUCGUGAUAUGCUGCAGAACCUUCAAGCAAGCCACAGCUUCUUUUAUCUGCCCAUGGAAAUAAGCAGAAGCAGUGCUGCUACGCAAAGAUAAUCAUUUAGAAGGUUCAAGCUAUUUAAAUGCAUUGCUUGCAGGAUUUUUUUUACACAAAGGUUACCUGCUGAUGGCAGAAAGCUCUAGAUAACCUUUUCUAAGCUGCAAGAGACUGCAACACAUAUAUAAGCCUAUUCUGCCGUCUUUGAGAUAUUUUAGUGGAUUCAAUUGGCAAAUGAACCAUAAGCGAAUCUGUAGCAUUUAUGGAUAAUCAAGUAACACAAAUUUUAUUGAACCAUUAGACCAUAUUGGACAUAUUGGGCCUUUG